GGAUCCGCCCAGCCAGGCGUCACAGCACCGACAAGAUGGCCGAGACUACGGGACGAAAGUGAGGGAGGAAACAAAAACACUGGCGAGCUACCCCCCUUUUGCUUGCCGCAGACGCCAGACCCCCGUAGAGCAGCUUGAAGACAAGUGAAAGCACAGAUUAAAUAAAAAAAAAAAAAAGAAGCUCAGUCACCGGCGCAGUGAAGCCUCCGUCCCUGUGGCUGACAUUUUGCGGUAUGCAGACUGUUUGUGCUCCGAGCAGCUCGCUGACGGAGACCGUCCGUCAGGUUGUCUGCGUUGGCUAGCUAGCCAGCGAGCUAACCAUGCUAGCGAGCUGACAGCGCCGUUAGCGAGAGGCUACGCGUCACAGAAAAGUGACAGUCUGCUGAUUUUGAGAAUAAAUAGUUGUCGCUACUUUUUUUUUUUUUUUUUCCUCUCGUAGAUGUAAAUAGAGAAAAAGAGAGGAGGAGGAGGAGGAGGAGAGGGGGGGAGGAGGAUUUAACGCACCAGGUAACGCUCAGCAAACUAACAUUGCGGAUUUCUUGUUAGCAUUAGCCAAACGUCUGUUAGCUUGCUCAGCUGUUUUUGGAGAACUUGGGUUUGUUCCCACACAGAGGGGAAGGACGGGGGGGGGGCUUUUUUUUUUUUUUCCUUCUCCCCAUCUCCAUAUAUAUAUAUAUAUAUAUAUAUAUAUUAAAAAAAAAAAAGUACCUGAGGCGGUUCUCGGUAAGGCCCUGUGUCCUGGACGGAGGAGUGCUAACAUUACCGGACCUACACGAACACAAGUCGAGCCGAGGGUCUCUGCGUUGUUGGGACGAUCCAGUCAGCAUCACCAUGGCCCACUCUCCCGUCCAGGGCAACCUGCCGGGGAUGCAGAGUGCCAAAGCUGACCCAGAGGAGCUGUUCACCAAGCUGGAGCGCAUUGGCAAGGGUUCGUUUGGCGAGGUGUUCAAAGGCAUCGACAAUCGCACCCAGAAAGUAGUGGCCAUCAAGAUCAUAGACCUGGAGGAAGCGGAGGACGAGAUCGAAGACAUUCAGCAGGAAAUCACAGUGCUGAGCCAGUGCGAUAGCCCCUUUGUCACCAAGUACUACGGCUCAUACCUGAAGGACACUAAGUUAUGGAUCAUUAUGGAGUAUUUAGGUGGAGGCUCAGCAUUAGAUUUGAUGGAGCCUGGAGCUCUGGACGAGACCCAGAUCGCCACGAUCCUGAGAGAGAUCCUCAAGGGCCUGGAGUAUCUGCACUCUGAGAAGAAGAUCCACAGGGAUAUCAAAGCCGCCAACGUGCUGCUGUCCGAGCAAGGAGAGGUGAAGCUGGCAGAUUUCGGUGUGGCGGGACAGCUCACUGACACUCAGAUCAAACGCAACACGUUUGUUGGCACGCCUUUCUGGAUGGCCCCCGAGGUCAUCAAGCAGUCGGCGUACGACUCGAAGGCCGAUAUCUGGUCUCUGGGCAUCACAGCCAUUGAGCUGGCAAAAGGCGAGCCGCCCCACUCAGAGCUCCACCCCAUGAAGGUUUUAUUCCUCAUCCCAAAGAACAACCCGCCCACGCUGGAGGGCAACUACAGCAAACCGCUCAAGGAGUUCAUCGAGGCCUGUCUCAACAAAGAGCCCAGUUUUAGACCAACUGCCAAAGAGCUGUUGAAGCAUAAGCUGAUCGUUCGCCAUGCGAAAAAGACCUCUUACCUGACUGAGCUGGUGGACAAGUACAAGAGGUGGAAGGCAGAGCAGUCGAGAACCACAGAGUCCAGUUCUGAUGAGUCUGACUCAGAGCAGGACGGCCAAGCGUCGGGCGGGAACGACUUUGGCAGCGAUGACUGGAUCUUCACUAUCCGAGAGAAAGACCCCAAGAAGCUGCAGAACGGGGAGGGACAGUCAGCAGACCAGACAAAAGACAUUCCAAAGAGGCCUUAUUCACAGAGCCUGGGCACAGUCAUCUCUCCUGCAUUAGCUGAGUCUGUCUCUCAUCGAUCUAACCAAAUGUCGGCCUCCUCACCUUCUCAUCACUCCCAGCUGAAGGCGAGACAGGAGCAGGUGAAUGGGAACCCCAUGGUCCUGGAUGAGCUGAGGGAGGCCAUCCUGCUGGCUGAGGAGGCCUACCCAGGCAUCUCCGAUUCCCUGGUGGCUCACAUGGUCCACAGGCUCCAGAGUUUCUCCACAAGCAGGACGUCCUCCUCCUCUCCCUAGUAAUUGGCUCUCUGCCCCAGCCCUGCUCUCCCAGGCCCCCACCCCCCCAACACCACAGCCAGGUCAGAGGGUUAAAAGCCAGGGGUCAAGUCAUUCAAUACCAGCUGACCAGGUUUGACCUCCCGUGUCGGGGGGGAGGGCUAAUCUAGCCUGUAAAAAUUACUGAACUCCAAAGCGGAGGAUAACAGAAAGACUCUGGAGAGCUUCUUUUAGCCACUUACAAGAGGAGAAGUUGGGGGGGGGGCAGCAGAACCCAUGGAAUCAGCUGUUAUGGGACAGGACUCUAAGUCAGAGCAACCCACAGGAAAAAAAACGGCAACAGCCAAGUCAGACUCUGGGCUCUCUGUAUAUGCGAGACUUCCCCAGCCUCACACCGCGGAGUCCCUACACGGAAUUUGCUCGACGAGGAGCCCGAAAAAUCUCCCCCAAAUCCAAGACAAGACUUCAAUCCCCCUCUUAAUGCAGGCGUCAUAUCCCCAGAACCUCUGAAAGCAUGCUUGAUGAACCUGCAGGGAUGUUCUCUUUAGUGUACAAGCUGCGUGUGUGCGUGUGUGUGUGUGUGUGUGUCUGUGUGUGUGUGUCUGUGUGUGUGUGUGUUUAAAUGCACAACCUGUGUGUGGGCACCUGUGAGUGUGUCUGUCUGUCUGUCUGUCUGUGUGUGUGUGUGUGUGUGUGUGUGUGUGUGUGUGUGUACACACGUGUGCUCUCGCAUAUGUAAGACUCCCUGGUGAGGCAAAUUGCAGCAUUCUUAAUGAAACCUCAGGUAAAGUGCUUUAAGUGGACUUUGUCCUCCGAGGCAGUGGGAGGAGGAGGGAAAGAGGAGUAGGAGGAGGAGGGGGGUCGCCAUGCUGUACAUGAUUACGAGUUGUCAUUGCGGGAAAUGAAUCACUGUGUACAAAAUGGUCAUGCGCAUUUUGUAGAUAUUGAUAAUGUUUAAAAGUAGAUAUUUAAAAAUUUCAAAAAGUUACUCCAACAGAAAGAACAGAAAAUGCCUUGCCUUUUUGAGAUACACACGUCUACGUUCUGGCAUUUCAGAGAUUUUAGUUUGUUUCCAUUUACUCGUCGGUGAGUGAAAUUCAGUAUUCAUCAGUGUUUUCUUACUAAGUGACUGAGCUCCAAUCUCCAUUUCAAUCACCUGCUGAAUCAUCCAACUAACUAUGAUACUAAGCUUACUUUGUGUAGAGGCAGAAGCUUUCCUUUGUUUUUGUAGUCAGGGGGGAAAACUUCCCCCCUGCACUUAUGUUUAGACAAUUUAAGUCAGUUUUAAAAUUGUUUAGAACAAGAAUGAAGGUAGAUCUGUCGACAGUGGCUCUUUAAAUAAGGAUAACAAAUACUGAGUGAAGCCGAGGACAAUUACAAGGGGAAACCACUACGGGCGGAUGAACGCUGAUAUCAUGUGAAGUAUUAUUAUUUUUUCCUUGGCUUGUAAUUUAUCCUUAGUGUUAAUUAAAAACUAUAAAGUGGAGGCGAGGAGUAACUGGCGAGGACCAUCGUAGGCAAUCGCAUCAUGACACUCGCUCACGGCCAAACUAAAGCGCAGAUCAGGACAAGCCAAGCUGCAGAGAUCAACGCCAUCCUUAUUUCCUCACUCCAGACAUUUCUGUUCUCACUUCCACACCAUGCUAGAAGUGCCAUGUCCUCUUUUAUGCUUUCACCAGAUGUUUGUAGUAUGAUUUGCACCUUUUGUUUUAUUUUUUUUUAUAUUUUUCAGAUUAGUAUUUUUUUUUUUUUUGCACUUUAAAAAGUGUCGAGUAUUUAAAGAAAACCUGUACGAGGAAAAAAAAAAACAAAAUGAAAAAAGUUGCUAAUAGCCAUGUUUUACUAUAUAUGUUUACUUAAGAGUUCCAGAAUUUACUACUGUGCUAAUGCAGCAAUAAUGUUGAGGAGUUGCAUCAAGACGCACUUGUCAACACAGGGAUCGAAAGAAAUUAAGAAAUAUCUGAUAUUUUUAUAACUGCAAAGAGUUAAGUAUGGAAAUAUGGAAUGCUUUAUGGAUAUGGGCACCUGCCUCUGGCAAAAAAAUAUCUAUACCUUACAGAAAAACAUAUGCUACGGAAAUAACUACAAAAUGUGUACAUUUGGUCUCCUUUAUCAUAGCUGACAGUUUAUAGUACUGUAUAUAAUCUUUGCUUGUGUCAUUUGAGAAUUCCCAAGUUAAAUGUAAGCUCCUUGUAAGCUUUCAAAGUGACAUGAGAAAUAAAGAUCUAAUGCUAACUGAGAA